UCGAGACGCAUCCGGAUGUGCAGGAGGUCUUCAUCCCCUUCAGAGGACUCCCGAUGGAGGAAGUGCAGCAGUCCAAAGAACUCCGCUCCCACGCACUCAGAGUAAUGGGUUUCGUGGAGAAGGCAGUGCGGAGACUGGAAGAGCCGGAAAAACUCGUCCCUCUGAUACAAGAGUGUGGCAAGAACCACUGCCAUUAUGGAGCGCAGAUCCAACACGUCGAGCUGGUGGGGCCGGAGUUCCUGAAGGCCAUUCAACCGGCCUUGGAGAGCGAAUGGACGGACGAGGUGGAAGAGGCCUGGGACCUCCUCAUGAAGAACACGCCUACGGGAUGCGACUGGCCAUGAUAGAGGAAAUAAAGAAGGGAUAAAAGGAUGAAACUUUAGAUACGAGAGCGAAGUGUGGCUCUUUGGUCAAAUAAUAAAGGUGACUCAAAUUUUAAUAUUAUAAAACGUUAAAUGGGCGUCCGCACCACAGGAAGUGAAGAAAAUUUUUAAAAUGAGAAUCGUAGUAUACCUGAGCAUAAUAUGGA